AUGAAUGAAGAAAAAGAAGAUCCAAUACUAGCUGCUCCGAGUCUUAUUAAAGACGAAUCAAUACCAAUGGAUACAAAUGAUAAUGAUACACCUUCGAAUACGGUUGAUUCAUCAUCGGACGAUAAACAAAAAAUUCUUCUAAAUUACGAUCAACGACGUUUAAGUUUAUUAAAUAAUCCAGAAUAUGGUGUUAUACUUGCUUUUUUGGAUAAAUUCCGUUCAAAUAUUGAUAUACAAGAUUAUCCAUUACAUUUACUUGAAGAAAAUCUUUUAAGUGAUCAAGACAAUAUUAGUCGACGUUUAAUUGACUUUCAUCUUACUUUAUUAAAACGAAUAUCAUUAGGUAAAGGUGCACAACGAGAUAAAUUUGUUCCAAUUAUUACUAAAUUUGCAUAUCGUUUUGAUUAUGAUGAUGGAGAAUAUUUAAAAGCAAAUGGAUAUUCACAAGCACAAAUUGAUAUUAAACUACGUAUUUUAAAAAAUUUAUUGGAAACACAAUUUGAUCUUAAUCAAGGGUUUAAAACAGCUUUACUUGAAAAACAAUCAUUUGAAAUUCGAUCACAAUCAUUUGGUCGCGAUCGUUCUGGUGCAUCAUAUUGGUUAUUUAUGGAUAGUGAAUGUUUUAUACGUUUAUUUCGAGAAAAUAUUGACGAGGAUCGAACAUGGACUAAUAUUGCUACAGAUAAAGAUGAAUUAGAAAAUGUAAUUAAACUUCUUAUUACCGAUCAUGCUGUCCGAAAGAAAUUUCCUGAUUGGAAAUUGACUCAUGAAUCUUUCAAUUCCUUGGAACCAUCGAACGAAUUUGAACAACGUUAUAUCCCACUAUCUGUUAAUAUAAAAAAAGAAGAAUUAAAAACAAUUAGCCCAACGCUAUCUCCAGCAGCAUCACCAGUAAAAGUCGAAAAAAAAUCUAUUCUUAAAUCUAAAAAAUCCGUUGUACCACCAGCAGCAGUCAAAACUGAAGUACCAUCUGAUCAUGAAUCAACACAUUCAGACGAGAAAAAUGGUCAACGUUCACGUAUAGUUUCAUCAGAAGACACAAAUCCAAAUGUAAUAUCACAAGAAAUCAAUAAUAAUCAAGAAGAUGAAGAACUUAAAAGUCCUCCGACAAAAAAAAGUCGAGGUCGAAAAAAAUCAGCAACUUGGAGUAAGAAAAAACGACGUACAAUAUCGAAUACAUCAAAAAAAAAUGAUGAUAAUAAUGAACAAGAUAUUCAAACAAUAAAAACACCAACGAAAGGACGAAAACGUAAACAAAUUAUUGAUGAUGAUAUAGAUAUCAAAAAGAAUGAUGAAACUAGUCAAGAUAAAGAUAUAUUAAAUCAAAUUCCAAUAGAUGAUGAUUUAAUUUUUAAAGAUGAUUUACCUAUUGCAUUACGUCGAUCAAGACGUGUUAGAAAACCACCAACAAAUGAACAAAUUCCUUCAGUUACAUCUAGUCCAGCAAAAUCUGUGUCACAAACUCCAUCGAAAAAGAAAUUAAUGAAUGGAAAGUGCAAAUCUUCUAGUCAAACAAAUAUUAAAGUAUGUUCUCAAUCAUCAAAAAGUAAUAGUCGUCGUAAACGUGGUCGUAAACGCAAAUCAUCUGUAAAUAGUAUUUCAUCGUCGAGUGAUGAUGAACAUCAGCCAUCGGAAGAAGAAGAAGAUGAAUAUAAUUCCGAUGAUUAUCUUCAAACAGAUAAACAAUUAGAUGAACUUGAUGAUGAUGAUUUAUUAGAAAAAGAAGAUGAUGAUGAAGAAUUUGUUCCACGUCGUUCAGCUAAAACUGUUGCUAAACGUCGUGGACAAAUGAAUGAAAACAAUACGGAAGAGUUACAAUCUCCAUCAAGUGCAUGUUGUGUUUGUUCAAAAACUGAUCGACCCGAAUCAUUAUUAUUAUGUGAUGAUUGCGAUGAUGCUUAUCAUUUAGAAUGUCUUAAACCAAUUUUAUUAUCUGUACCUGAUGGAGAUUGGUAUUGUCCAUUAUGUGAACAUAAACGUUUAUCAGAUAAUUUAGUUGUAAAAUAUAUUCAACUAUUGAAAGAAUAUGAAGAACUUGAAGUAAAACGUACACAAUGUAUGUCAAAACGAACAAAUCGUUUAGCUAAUGUUAUGUUAAAUCUUGACCGAAUGGUUAAACGAUCAUCAAAAAAACGACGAGCAAAUGGUAUUGUUUAUAGUGAUGAAGAAAAUGAAGAGGAGGAUAACGAAGAGGAUAAUGAUGAAGAUGAAAAUAAUAAAUCUGAACAAAAUGAAGAUGAAGAAGAAGAUGAUGAUAGUGUUUAUGGUUUUAAAGAUGAUGGUAGUAUAGAUGAGUGGCAUUCAAAGAAAUCAAAAAAAGCUGCUGGACCUAAACCAUUCUAUUGUGUCGCAGAAUUUUUACCUGAUGAACCAUGUAUAACAAAUAUUGAUGGUCCUAUGGACGGAUGUUGGCAUGAUAGUUUCUAUUGGGCAUUACGUGAUUUAUUACUUUAUGAUAAUACAGAUAUUAAUCGAUUGAAAGCUGGUAUUGAUUGUCGACAAAAAGGUUAUUUAGGUGUAACAAAUGUAGUUAAUUAUAUUGGAAAUCAUGAUCAUGAUCGAAUGCUUGUUGAAUUAGGAAAAGAAAGAUGUAUAUUUGGUGAAGAAGCUUUUAAACGUAUUCGUCUUGGUGUUGUUAUUCAAAUGACAAGUAUUGGUAUUCCAAUGAUUUGGAUGGGAGAAGAAAUUGGAGAAUAUAAAGAAAAAACACCUGAUGUUGCUAAAGUCGAUUGGUCAUUAAUUGCAGAUCGUGAAGAUAAUUCUAAUAAACAUAAUAAAACUCUUCUAGCAUUUUAUCGUGGUUUAGUACUUUUACGUAAAGAAAACAAGGCAUUUUUUCAAACUAAUCUUGCCUUUAUUCAUGAAGAUCAUAGUACUAAAGUAUUAGCAUAUCAACGAUGGGCUAAAUCAGGUGAACAUGUUAUUGUUGUUGUGAAUAUAUCUGGAAAUUUUCUUGCUCACUAUCGUGUACCAAAUAUACCUUUUAAUGGUUGGUGGCAUGAAUGGACAUUUGAUUAUGAUGUUAAAGUUGAAAAUAAUGAAGUCUACCUGGAUUUAGCUGAACAUGAGGCAAAAAUUCUUGUUUGGCUUGGUGAAAAUUGGCUAUCAACAAAAUCAGUAUCUCAACCAGAUAAUCUAUCUGUUAAUUCGAAUUCAACAGAAGCAACUCUUGAACAACAAUAA